GCCCUGAUACCAGACUCAAGAUUGUACUUCACGAACAAUUGCAUUCGGAUUUGCGGAAAUCCGGAUCUACAGAACCACCAUGGUCAGAUUCGUUUCCCGUAGUAGUUUGCAUCCGCUCUUUACCGUCGAACAGGCCCCAACGGUCCCUAAAGUCUCUUCUUCAUUGCUUUCUCAUCUUUGGGGCUGCGGCGAAAGACACGGCGGCUCAGAGCGCAGUUUCCCCGCGAUUCCCUUUGUUCUCAGCGCCGGCUUCGCUCUCCGGGAAAGAGGCUAAUAAGCAUGAAAGGAACGCCAUGGCGUUUCAGAGAGACCACAAGGGAGGGUGUUCUGUGAAAUCCUAGGAAAUGGAUCUAGUCUGUUUGAAACGUUGGCUUCAUACAGCCUAACAGAGGAGUCUUUCUGAAGGUUGUGGCUGCUGUUUUUUAAAACUCUGAACUUCUGCCUGCUAUGGAACAAAGUGAGAAUCAACCAGGAUCCUCACCAGAGAUUCAAGAUGACAGCAAAAGCAACACAAGACCUUUGCCUGGCCUGGCUGCCCCUGUCAAAGGGGAAAUAAAGAAACAUGCAGUUACAGAUGACUAUAAAAUCUCUAAACGGGUCUUGGGCCUUGGUAUUAAUGGCAAAGUAUUGGAAUGUUUUCACAAAGUGACAGGACGGAAAUGUGCUUUAAAGCUCUUGUAUGACAGCCCAAAAGCACGACAGGAGGUAGAUCAUCAUUGGCGAGCUUCAGGCUGUCCCCACAUUGUCCAUAUCUUGGAUGUUUAUGAGAACAUACACCAUGGGAAGAGAUGCCUUCUAAUCAUCAUGGAAUGCAUGGAGGGAGGGGAACUCUUCACUCGAAUCCAGGAGCGAGGAGACCAAGCUUUCACAGAAAAAGAGGCCUCCGAAAUAAUGAGAGAUAUUGGAACAGCCAUCCAACAUCUUCAUGGGAUGAACAUAGCUCACAGAGAUGUCAAGCCAGAAAACCUACUUUAUACAUCCAAAGACAAAGACUCAGUGCUUAAACUCACAGAUUUUGGGUUUGCUAAAGAGACAACCAUACAGAAUGCACUGCAGACUCCUUGUUACACUCCUUAUUAUGUAGCCCCAGAAGUACUUGGUCCUGAGAAGUAUGACAAAUCCUGUGAUAUGUGGUCUCUUGGUGUCAUCAUGUACAUUCUUUUGUGUGGGUUCCCUCCAUUCUAUUCAAAUACUGGCCAAGCCAUUUCCCCAGGAAUGAAGAGAAGAAUUCGGAUGGGGCAGUAUGGAUUUCCAAAACCUGAAUGGUCAGAAGUAUCUGAUGAAGUUAAGCAGCUCAUUCGUCAAUUGCUGAAAACUGACCCAACAGAGAGAAUGACCAUUUCUCAAUUUAUGAAUCACCCCUGGAUUAAUCAAUCCAUGGUGGUGCCACCAACCCCUCUUCACACUGCCCGAGUCCUGCAAGAAGAUAAAGACCACUGGGAUGAAGUGAAGGAGGAAAUGACUAGUGCUUUGGCAACCAUGAGAGUGGACUAUGAUCAAGUAAAAAUUAAAGAUUUGAAAAUAUCCAACAACCGACUCCUCAACAAACGACGUAAGAAACAAAAACAAGGAAGUACCUCUUCUGCAUCAGCCGGCUGUAACAACCAAUGAAGAUGAGAGA